AUGGCGCCUCGGGCAAAACGGUCAAAAGUAGGCAGUGCAUGCCAGAGAUGCCGCCGACAGAAGCUCAAAUGCGACAUUAAACGCCCAUGCACAUUAUGUGUCCGUGCUGGGGUCGACUGCCAGACGACAGACCAGUGGCGAGUGAUUGAAACGCCGCAGAAUGACCAGGGGAAGAAGAUCAACCCCAAACGCAAGCGGAGCCUGGGAACAGAGCACUCUGAUGAUGCUGGCAUCACCAAGCAGCGGUGGUCUAGUUCUACCAUGUCGUUAGUGGAAGGAGCAUUCCAUUUGCAUAGCUCUACGACACCUGACACAGCUUUGGUGACCGCUUUGCCGGGUAGUCAAAGACUGCAUCGCUCAGCGAGCCCGAGGCCAAGUAUCACGAGCCCAGCUGAGAGGAGGCUUACCGGGCCUCAUACCUCACAUUCCUGGCCACAAGGACCACGAUCAGCAGUAGCAGAGUUGGUCUCACUUUUACCUCCACGUGAUGUUGUGGCUUUGCUGGUGGACACUUACUUUGAUCGGAUCCACUGGUUCAUGCUUAUUUUCCAUCAAGAUGAUUUCAGGAAAACCUGGCAGCAGAUGUAUGAUUUGCCCAAGGAGCAGCUGAUUGAGAACUGCCCGAAUCCAGGGUUUAUCAGUACUUUUCUCGUCGUGAUUGCCAUUGCAUUACAUUAUGCAGGCAGACAUAGACAGGAUUUACUGCAGGCUCAUGGUAUAUCCCCCGUGGAUUUCAAAGAGAGAAUACUGUCAACCACCCGGGCCAAGAUACUUGACAUCGUGUCUCUGGGGUCUUUAGAAGCAGUGCAGACAUGUGUCCUGUUAGGUACUUACUAUCUGUACCAUGGCAAGCCAGAGCUGGCAUGGCCAGUCUGUGGCUGUGGAUUACGCAUUGCCCAAGCUUUGAAUCUACAUCGAAAAUCGCCACAUGCAGGAUCUAUGACACCCGAGAUUCACCGACAAAACGAGACCCGCAAACGUUGCUGGUGGGCUAUUUACGAGAUUGAAACAUUUUGCUCCAUGUCCUAUGGCUAUCCGCAUAGUAUCAAGGACUCGGAUUGCGACGUGGAGUUUCUAGACCCGUCGGCCAAAUCUGUGACUGGUCAAUCCCCUGCAUCAUUUAGCGCUACGCAUGGAUGUCCAACCAGCCUUCUCUCGUACAAGUACUUGAUGUCCAAGCUUUCGGUACUCAUCAAUGACAUUCUUACUGAUCUGUAUGGACUCGGGUCCUUGAAGGGCAAGAGCCAGCAAGGCAGAUCGAGUGGCUCCUCCGGUCUUCAGAGUCUUGUUCGAAAAGUUUCAGGUCUUGACACUCAACUACGGAAAUGGAAGGCUGAAAUCCCUGCUGUCCUACAGCUCAGUGAUGCCGGCACUACAACAUAUACUUCGGCCGAUGAAAUGGACCAGGACAUUGGGGCCUCUGGCCCCAGGUUCGAAGCUCAUAUUUAUCAAUUGCAGGCUCUUGCCCUGAAACUUGCUUACGAGAACGCUAUCAUUCUGGUCCAUCGUCCGUUGUUGGCGUACAAGUCGAUCUCUUCGGCAGAGACCGAAACCGAAGAGCCCAAUCACCCGGCCCGAGACACAGUGAGGUUGUCACUACAGUCAUGCCGUGAUGCGGCCUUGGCGACCUCUAAUAUCGAGACGAUACCCAUCUUUUCUCUUGCAGCUGAUACCUACGCAGCGGCAUUCAUAGGAAUGCACACCUUCACAGCUGGUGUUAUGCUUUGCGUUUUGAUCAGCACAGAACCAUUGGGCGCGCAAUCUCAUGAAUCCAAGAUCGGAUUACGCCGCCUGCUACGUAUGCAGUCACUUCUAAAGUCACGAUCACAUUCAACUGUCAAUACACAAGGCCUAGAGAUCCUGGAGAGAUUGACCAAAUUGAUCAUGGAGAAAGAGUUGAAAGAGAUGUUGAAUUCUUCCGAAAAUGAACCGGGCCCUAUGCUCCACACCAACGAUUCCAGAGAGGAGUCAGUCAUACAGAAUUCGACUGAAAGUGAUCAGAUGCUUUCCACAAAUGUUCCGGUUAUGGACGACGAUGCUACGUUCAACUACAUAGAGGACCCAGUCAUGUCACAAGCCCUCUUCGAUUUUGAUCAAGUACUCUCGGGGAGUAACAUGAACUUUCCACUCGAGCCUCUUUUCCCAGAUCUCCUUGGCCCUGGGGGUGGCUUUGCUCCGGAACAGGGAUGGAUCUGGGGGUUUGACAGAAUGGGCCUGUCUUGA